CUGCUGGCCUCAGUCGCCGCCGCCUCUGUGCUCUGGCAUCAAUUCCUCGCCGGACCCUCCUACACUCAGGUCCAGCUCUACGUGCAAGGAUGCACUAUUGUACUAGCAUUAGUGAUAUCGACGGUGGACUGCCUUUGCUUCUAUGAUGAGGUCACAAAACGUAACAACGGACCACGGGAAUCAUUUACCAAAGACAACGUCUCCUACAAGCACAGCGAAACUCACUUUUUCUCCAAGAUAACAUUUUUUUGGUUAAAUCCCUUCCUAUACAAGGGAUAUUGUGAUGCAACACUUGAUGAAGACGAUUUUGGAGAGCUGCCAGAUGAUGAAAAAUCCUCGACCAUUUAUGCACGAUUUAUAAGAAUUUACGAAAAACAAAAACAGAUGACAAAAUUAAAUGAUGAAAGUGGUAGCAUAUGGCGGGUCUAUCUUAAAACAAUAUGGCCUAAUUUUUAUAUCGCUGGAGUAUUAAAAUUAUUUGGAGAUAUGAUCGGACUCAUUCCGCCGUUGGGACUGGCUGUUAUUGUCAAGUAUAUCGAAGAUUCUAAUAUAGUUUUUGAGACGGAAUCAGAAGUUACUAUACACGAGUUCGUAAAAAAUCCAUACAUUAUGCUCUUCCUUGUGACAAUGGCGUUAGUGACACAAGGAAUACUUUCGCAGAACUCUACACAUUUAGUGACUGUCGAAGGAACAAGAUUGAAGACGGCGUUACAAUGUAUGGUGUAUGACAAAUGCAUGCGAUUAGCGUCAUGGUCCUCGACAGAAACUGAUAUAGACGAGGAGUCUCCCCUCCUACAGAACACUGAGGACUCGGCGCCUUCGCAGUCAGGUCUCAUCACCAACCUGAUUACGCAGGACACGUAUAAUGUCAUGUCAUGUGUCUGGGUGUGUCAUUACAUCUGGGCUAUACCUUUAAAGGUAGCUGUAAUUUUGUAUUUACUUUAUACAAAACUUGGUAUCAGUGCAAUAAUAGGCACCGCUGUUAGUGUCAUUAUUAUAACUCCUUUGCAAUUUUACAUCGGUAAAAGGCUCUCGGACAAUUCCAAGGAUAUUUCAAAAUGUACAGAUCACAGAGUGUCCAAAAUGUCAGAAAUCUUACAAGGCAUGAACGUUAUAAAACUUUAUGUUUGGGAAGAUUUGUUUAACGAGAAAAUUUUGCAAUUAAGAGAGGUGGAGUUGAGAAUGUUAAAUAAGGAUUCCGCAUAUUGGGGAAUUUUGACUUUUACGACGCAAGCAUCGUCAAUCCUCAUAACAGUUGUUACGUAUACACUGCUAUACUUUAUAGACAAUGGUGAAGGUUUAACAGUGGUGAACGUAUUAGCCGGACUGGCGCUAUUCAAUCAAUUGGCAAUACCACUUCUCAUUCUGCCAGUCACGGUGCUAAUGGUUAUUCAGGCUAUGGUAAGUACGAAUAGAAUCAAGGACUUUUUGGAACUUCCUGAAUCAAGUAACGUUAAAGAAGAUAACUACGGACAAGAUAAAAUUGAUACCAAAGAAAAUGAUGUGCUUGUUAAUAAUGCUGCGGCCUCGGCUCCUAACUGUAACAUUUAUACAGACCAAGAUGAUGUCAAUAAAGAUAUCGAUGUGGAAUGUGAAGAUCAAUUCUUCGAAGAUAAAACUACUUGCAACGAUCAAGAAUACCUUAUAAGAUUUAAAAAUGCGGCAUUUUCUUGGAAGAUGAGAGAUAACUCUUGGCUCGAUAUUGAGGAUUUAGAUAUCCCAGUUGGAAAACUCAUAAUGGUUGUUGGAUCAACUGGAUCUGGCAAGACGUCAUUCCUGUCUGCCGUGCUGGGUGAAAUGCAUCUCGAAAGAGGAGAAAUUAGUUGGAACGGCGAGUACAGCGCUAGCUACGCCGGUCAGCCACCGUGGCUAUUGGAGGGCUCCAUCCGCGAAAACAUCCUACUGGGUCGUCGCUGGAAUCCCGCAGAGUACUCGCGUGCACUCCGCGCCGCAGCCCUUCGACCAGAUCUACAACUGCUACCAGAUGGUGACCGGACGCAACUGGGUCGCGGGGGGACGCCGCUGUCGGGCGGGCAGCGCGUGCGCGUGUGCGUGGCGCGCGCUUUGUACAGCGGCGCGCGGCUGCUGGCGCUAGAUGAGCCGCUGGCUGCGCUGGACGCCGCGCUGGCUCGACAUGUGGUAGCGCGUGGCCUGCUACCCGCGGCACGCGCCGGCGCCACCGUGCUCCUCGCCACUAACAGACUCGAGUUGCUGCACUAUGCUGAUCUGGUUAUAGCAAUGGAAGAGGGUCGUGUGAGAGACGUGGGUCGACCGGGCUCGGGAGCGGGCCCGUGUGGUGCGGCAGGGGAGGGCACGCUGCGGCGUUGGGCGCGGCGGGCGGCCGAGGCGCGCGCGGCCGUGGCGCGCACCGGCGCCGGCCCGCCAGGGGGCUCCGCCCGCGAGCGUGCGCGAUUGCAACGUGUACUCAGUAGGAACAACUUCAAUAGACACGAUAUAGACGAGGAUACGGUCGGUAUCAGCGAGGCGACAGGCGCGCACCUGCUGGCGGAGGUGCCGACGCGCGCGGGCGGCAGCUGGCGUCGCGACAAGCGCCCUCGUUCCUCACUCUCCCGCCAGCUCUCCUCGCCACCGCCUUCUAUGCACCUAUACAAAUGGCGUCGCGAGGUGCGCCGCGCGGUGAGUGCGGAGGAGGGCGCGGGCGCGGGGGCGGGGGAGCGUGUGCGCGUGCACCGGACGCUCGCACGGUGGACUCCGCGAACGUUACACAGAUUGCUGAGCACCGACAGCGACACGCAGACAGACGAACAAUCAGACGACAAAGAACAGUCCACAACAAACGACACCACAUUUGUGUCGAUCACAUCCAAUGGUAUCGAAACAACUACAAAUAAUUCACAUAAAUUACCUGAUAAAGGAGACCCGGAACAAGUUAUUAGUGAGAGUUCUAUCUGGUGUGCGUACGCGCGCGCGUGCGGGUGCACAAGUGAAGGCUACCCAUCUUUGCUAAAUGAAAUACCGACUGGAUUCUCUUAG